AUGGAUUCCGAGGAGGAAGCAUCCGGCUUCGAGCGCGCUGCCCUGGAGGAGCGAGAGCUGGAGAGGGGAGCCGAGGACAUCGAGGAUGCGGAGUUCCAGCCCCGAGACGACCCCGAUGGCAGCGCCGACACCCCGGGCUCGCUGGCGGACUUCGUGGAGGAGGGCGGCGACGUAGAGGCGCGGUCUUGGGAGGCGGUGGGGAGGAUGCGGGAGGCCUUUCCUUCGGACGACGAGAUAGAACUCCCGGAGCAUCUGAGGGCCGCCAAGCGUCGCCGGACUCUGGGGGAAGACGCUGGGCCUGAGGAGGCCAGCCGAGAACUGACACCGAUCCGAACGCGGGCCCCUUCUCCGGAGAGGUCCCGGGAGGCCGCGGGUUCUUUCGGCGGCGGGUCCAGCGCGAGGUCCACCCCGUCGGUGCCGCGGGGGGCGUCGGACCUGCCCUUCGAGGCCGAGAUGGAUGAGGUGGUCGCGAUGCUGCCAGCGCCGCCCGUCUUGGCCAAGGUACCGUCGCGGGAGGAGCAGCACAGGGUGUUCGUGCUCAUGUGGGGCCUGCGUAAGGCCGUGUUGCAGUAUAAGGCCCGUGUGGGCAGAUCGGUGGACGACCUGUGCGGCUUCCGUGGGAGCUCCACGAGCGGCUUCCUGACGGCCGUCCGCCGGCUCUCGCGAGCCCUGCCGGAGCGCGCGCUGCGGAAGUAUGAGGGAGUAUCGGAGGAGGAGGGGCAGGGGAGGAGGCAGCGGAAGGAGAGCGGGCGGCUGUUGCUCCUGACCUACUUGCAGAGCCAGUUCUUCGUGUCCGGCUACAGGUACAGAGACGAUGCGUGCUGGAAGAAGAGGGGGAGCACUGCGAGCUGGGAACGGGUCUGCACGGUGAAGGAGUUCGUGUUCCAUGCGUGCACCUCGUGGGAGGCCCCGGAGAAGAUCUCCAUGGUGUUCAAUCUCAAGGACCAGGACUGGAACGUGGGGCGGUACUUCAUCGACAACCGGGUGGACGUCACGCUGCCCAGCCUCGCCCCCUCCAGCCGUUACCUCUUUUCGUUCCGAAACGGGGUAUACGUGGCGUUGGUCAGCACGACCAUCCUCAAUCCCGAGUACGUGGAUCUCGAGAGGGGGGCCUACGACACGUUCGUUCGCAAGGCGGACAUGGCGCGGAUGCUCCGCCCCACCGUCAUCGCGUGCAACUACUUCGACCGCGACUUCGACGUCGCCGACUACGAGAGGUGCAGGGACAUGUCGCCCGCCGAGCUCAUCGAGUCCUCCCAGGAGAGCCUGUUGCGCAUGCUCAAGAGCCAGAGGAUGAGCUCCACGGUGCUGGUCAUAUUCUACGCGUUCGUGGGCCGGCUCUUGGGCGAGAUCCGCGACGACAACUGGGAGAAGCUCUUCUACGUUGUGGGUCAGGCGGGAUCGGGGAAGAGCACGCUGCUCGAGAGCAUCCUUGCCAAGUUCUACGCGGACCACGACGUCUGCAACACCGGCUCCGACACCGAGAAGACCUUCGGGAUGCAGGCCUUCGUCGGCAAGAAGCUGGUGCUCCUGGACGAGACGGCGAAGAAGCUGGGCAUAUCCCAGCAGGCCAUGCAGAGCUGGAUCGCGGGGCAGAGCGUGCCGAUCAACCGGAAGUACAUGGAGGCGAUCGAGGCACGGCUUCCCCCUCUCGUGGCUUCCGGGAACGAGACGAUGGCGUACGACAACAACCAGGGGUCGCAGAAGCGGCGCGUGUGCAUCUUCGACUUCCCCGUCAAGAUCCGGUCGCCCGAUCCGGCGAUGAGGGAUAAGAUCGAGGGCGAUCGGGACAAGCUGCUGUACAAGCCCCGUCUCGUGUACCUGCACGCGCUGAGGGAGCACGACGGGGCAUUCCCGCUCUCGUGGAACGCGUACUUCGACGCCACCUACCUCAAGCACGCAACGGCCUCCAUGGACAAGGACGUCGUCGCGCUCCUCAGCGAGCGGGCGGACUCGAGCCCGGGCGACUUCCACGUGUACUGUCCGCUCGCCACCCUGAUGGCGGACUUCAAGGACCAGACCAAGAAGAAGCGGGCCAAGAUCAAGGCCUACGUCCUGGAAAACUUCGACGUCACUCCCUCUGUCCGCCUGCCCUACCCCCGCAAGAGCGGGCAGGCGCCCGUCGCGGACGCCUACGUGCUGGGCAUCGACCUGAAGGACCGCGGGGAGGAGUUGUUCCGACUGCGCGACCCGGAGUGCGUCCGAGAACUCGGGGAGAAGACCGGGAAGGUGAUGGAGUUCGACGGGCCCGCGAGGGACGCGCUCGGUAUCGACGUGUGCAAGAUGGCGGAGUUGCGGCGAGACCCGUCCGGCGACAGGGUCCUCAAGCGGUGCAUAGCCCUCGACCGCCUCGUGGGCCUGUGGAACGGCGCACUCGCCACGCGGGUAGACAGCGUCAGCAUCCUGAAGCAUCCGGUGAUGCGCGAGUUCCCGUCGUCGUAUCUCGACAUGGGAGAUGGUCCUAGGUGGUACGUGUUCGGUGUCCGAGAGAGAGGACGACGGGACCUCGACAGGGCGUACGUAGAGUUAGCCAGGAUAGCACUGGAGCGAGAAUGCGUCGAGGACGCGUGA